AUGGGAUUCCGUCUCCGGAAAGUGAACAGAUCUCUCAGAAGCUACAUCACUCGGACUCAACCGAAAAUCCGUUUAUACAAUUUUCAAUUCAUGAUGUCUGCAACGUGUUUCGCGUUACAUCUAGACGAGAAGUCAGAAAACCCAGAACAAACUCGUACUAUAAUCAGAUUGGGACAUUACAAAAGAGGUGUUGAGGAUAUGGAACGUUUUCUUCGCGAGCUGUGUGAAAUCUUGCGAUACGUCAAAACAGAAAUUGACUUAUUCCAAGUGGAGUACGGAUAUGACUGUUUUAAAAACAAUAAAAUGUUCGAGCGACUGGGAAUCAAACUCAGGAGAAGAAAACAACAAUUAAAAGUUGCUAGCGUGACUUUACGUCAUGCUGAUAUGCUUCCAUUCAAAAUUAUUCUUCCAAUUAUGAAACCAGAAUCUUUGAAAAAAAUUAAAUUCAAAUAUUUUGGAGGCAACGGGAGAAUACGAUUUGGAGGCAACGGAAGAGUACAAAAUUACGUUUCGCCGCAAGCAUUCGCAGUUUCUGAAUUGGAUCAGUGGAAAAAAGCCGAUAAAUUAGAAAUUGACGAGGCCUACAUUCUUGAAUCAAUUUUGCUAUUCUGCAGUAUUUCCACAGCUUGCUGCUGUCUAUAUUCUGUGCCAGCGGGUGAUCUUAUCCAACAAAAAGAGAGUUUCAUUGGAGACUCCACAAAAAACAAGUUCACGAUUUAUUAUAAAGUGUUCCCCGAAGAAGAAUUUUUUGUGACAACUGUAGGACCUUGGAUAGUAUCAAAGCUAAACACUAUGGAUGUCUACUACCGGACGGAAAUUCGUGAUGAGGUUGUCGUGAUUCGUCGCCUUCCACGAUACGGCAGUCUGAUUUUUGCCCGGGUCAAUAGAUCAGAUGUUCCCCUUGCAUCCAUUAUAAAGUAUUGA